AUGUUGGUUUUAUUCGAAACCUCUGCAGGAUACGCAAUAUUUAAGUUACUGGAUGAAAACAAACUGAAAAAUGUCAGCGAUUUGUACAGCCACUUCGAGUCGCCAGAAUCGACGAGUAAAAUUAUAAAGUUAAAACAUUUUCAAAAAUUUGACGACACCACAGAAGCAUUAGCAUCAGCUGCUUCCUUAAUUGAAGGAAAGUUAUGCAAGUCUUUAAAAAAGGUUAUUAAAUCGCAUGUCAAUACUAGUGAUUCAUUAAUGGUUGCUGACCCAAAACUGGGAGCAGCCAUUAAAGAAAAAUUUAAUAUCAGCUGCGUUUCAAGUUCUUCUGCAGCAGAUUUGUUACGAUGCAUUCGGUCUCAGUUUGAAAACUUAUUGGUUGGCCUUCCUAAGAAAGACUUGACGGCUAUGUCAUUAGGUCUUGCCCAUAGUUUGUCACGAUAUAAGCUAAAAUUUAGCCCAGACAAAAUUGAUACGAUGAUAGUUCAGGCAAUUGGACUUUUAGAUGAACUUGAUAAAGAAGUAAAUAAUUACAUAAUGCGGUGUAGAGAAUGGUACGGUUGGCAUUUCCCAGAACUUGGAAAGAUUCUUACUGACAAUUUAGAAUAUGUUAAAACAAUCAAAACACUCGGUAUGAGAGAAAAUGCCAAAUCAAUAGAUUUAUCUUCUAUACUAAAUCCUGCUUUAGAGGAUCAAGUUAAGACUGCUGCAGAAAUAUCUAUGGGAACUGAGAUUGCUGAUGAUGAUAUACAACAUAUAGUACAAAUGUGUGAUGAGAUAUUAGAUAUAUCCACUUACCGAACAUCUCUAUCUGAUUAUUUAAAGUCUCGAAUGAUGGCUGUUGCACCCAAUGUAACUGUACUUCUUGGUGAUCUGGUUGGAGCUAGAAUGUUGGCACAAGGAGGAUCUUUAGUAAACGUUGCUAAAAUGCCUGCAUCUACAAUUCAACUUUGUGGAGCUGAAAAAGCAUUAUUUAGAGCUUUGAAAAAAAAACAUGAUACACCUAAAUAUGGUCUUAUUUAUCAUUCCAGUUUGGUUGGACGAGCAACUGCUAAAGUUAAAGGAAGGAUGUCUCGUAUGUUGGCAGCAAAAGUUGCCCUUGCUGCACGUUUUGAUGCGUUUGGUGAAUCUGAAACAAUUAAUUUAGAUUUAGGUACUAACCAUUUGGCCAAUUUAGAAUAUAAACUUCGUCUUAUGGAAGAAGGUUCUAUGACAAGAAUAAGCGGAACUGCUAAAGCUAAAGCUAAAUUUGAAAAGUACCAAGUUAAAAGAGAAAUAGUACAGUAUUCAGCUGCGGCCGAUUCUACUAUUCCCAGCAAUAAACGCAAAGUAGAAGAUGUAGACAUAAAAGAAGAAUAUACAGAAAAAUCAACAAUCAAACAAGAACCGGAAGGCCAACAACCUCCAAAGAAAAAGAAGAAAAAAAACAAGGAAGAAACAAAUGGUGCCGAUAAAUCCGUUAACAAUGGUGCAGAUAUUUCAGUAAAAAGUGAACAAGAAUCGAUAUUGACUGAGGAACAAACACCAAAAUCUAAAAAGAAGAAGAAGAGAGAACUUCAAGUAGAGCCAGUAGAAGAAGAUGAGCCUAUAGUUGAAAAUGUAACUAAAAAGAAAAAGAAGUCUGUUGUCGCUGAUACUUCAAUUACUGAAGUAGUUACGGAAUCUGGGAAAAAGAAAAAGAAAAAUAAGAGUCAAGUAGAAGAAGAAACUGAGACUAUUGAAAAUUCUCCCAAAAAGAAGAAGAAAUCCAUUGUUGCUGAUACUUCAGUAGGCGAAGCAGUUAGUGAAUCAGGAAAAAAGAAAAAGAAAAAGAAAGGUCAAUAA